UUUGCAAGAAUGAAUCUUCACCCUGGAAAAGAAAUUCUUACCCACCUGUGGGACCAGAGCAUCUUGGACUUGUGACAAUGGAAGAGUUGGAUGCCUUAUUGGAAGAAUUGGAACUUUCCACACUCCAAGACGAGAACUAUUCCAGCCCAACUCCUUUUCCCCUGGAUCAACAUUCCAGAAAGGAGAAUAACAAUGAUGAGAAUUUAACGGUUCUUUCCAGGCCACCUGAUGUGCAGCCUACAUAUAUUACCAAGAUCGAGAAAUUCACUGUCUACAGUGAGGUUCAAGAAUCAAAAGAAUCACCACCCCCACCUCCUAAAACCACAGCAGCCUCUCAACUAGACGAACUCAUGGCCAAUCUGUGUGAAAUGCAGCAAAAGGUUGCAGCGAAACCAGAUGGCAGCAAGACACACUUACCAGAUAAGCAGGAUCACAAGGCAUCCCUGGAUUCGAUGCUGGGGGGUUUGGAGCAGGAUUUGCUGAACCUUGGGAUUACCACAGUGCCCAAGGGUCAUUGUGCUUCCUGCCAGAAACCAAUUGCUGGGAAGGUGAUCCACGCUCUAGGGCAAGCGUGGCACCCAGAGCACUUCAUCUGUACCCACUGCAAAGAAGAGAUUGGUUCCAGUCCCUUUUUUGAACGGAAUGGCUUGGCCUACUGCCCCAAGGACUAUCACCAUCUGUUUUCUCCGCGGUGUGCCUACUGUGCUGCCCCCAUCCUGGAUAAAGUGCUGACGGCAAUGGACCAAACCUGGCACCCUGAGCACUUCUUCUGCUCUCACUGUGGAGAGGUGUUUGGUGAAGAAGGUUUUCACGAGAAAGACAAAAAGCCAUAUUGCAGAAAGGAUUUCUUAGCCAUGUUCUCUCCCAAGUGUGGUGGCUGCAACCGCCCAGUGUUGGAAAACUACCUUUCAGCCAUGAACGCAGUCUGGCAUCCAGAGUGCUUCGUCUGUGGGGACUGCUUCAGCAGUUUUUCUACUGGCUCCUUCUUCGAACUGGACGGACGUCCCUUCUGUGAGCAUCACUACCACCUCCGCCAAGGGACCCUCUGCCACGGAUGUGGGAAACCUGUCACCGGCCGCUGCAUCAAUGCCAUGGGAUACAAGUUCCAUCCCGAGCACUUUGUGUGUGCUUUCUGCCUGACACAGUUGUCGAAGGGCAUCUUCAAGGAACAGAACGGCAAGACCUACUGCCGACCCUGCUUCUCUAAGCUCUACUCACUGUAAUCUCAGCCGUAGCCCUCUCUGUCUCGCCACAUUCCCUACACAGUUGAAACCGCAAGAGGAUAGUGCACAUUUGUUGCAGCUUUUAUUUUUUCUUUUUGGGUCACACUGGGCUGGAGCCAUAGCACAGUGGGUAGGGCAUUUGCCUUGCAUGCGGCAGAGCCGGGUUCGAUUCCUCCGUCCCUCUCGGAGAGCCUAGCAAGCUACUUAGAGUAUCCUGCCCGCAGGGCAGAGCCUGGCAAGCUACCCUCAGCAUAUUCGAUAUGCCAAAAACAGUAACAACAAGUCUCACAAUGGAAGUGUAACUGGUGCCUGCUGAAGCAAAUCAAUGAACAACGGGACAACAGUGUUACAGUGCUUGGGUCACACCCAGCGAUACACAGGGGAUACUCCUGGCUCAUGCACUCAGGAGUUACUCCUGACGGUGCUCGGGGAACCAUAUGGGAGUCUGGGAAUCGGACCC